AUGAAGAUUGCUCUCGCUGGUGCUGGUCAGGUUGGCCUUCUACUCGCCACCGAAUUUUGCAAGUCCGAGGACGAAGUGGUUGUUCUGACCAGGACUUUGAAACCGAGCCUCGAGCACCUGAAAGUUGAGAUACGUCUUACAGAUUACUACGUUGACGAUUUGAAGAGCAAGCUCGAUGACUGUGACGCGGGCGUCAAGUGGACGAUGAUUUGUCACGGCUGGUUUAUGGAAUAUGUCCUGCCCACCGAGAAGAACCCACUUCGGGAGAUCGGACUCGCGUGGGCGAUGGACCACAGCACAAAGGUGUUCGACAUGUAUGCCGAUGGCUCGCAGAAGGUGACUUUGACAUCUACUGCAGAUACAGCGCGGGCGGUGCUGGCUGUGUUGCGGAACAGUAUCAACAACGACGCCGAGUUGCCGCCGAUCACUCUCCUGGCGGGGCAGAGUUUGACCUACAGGGAGCUUUUCCAAUUGAUCCAAUCGCGCGAUCCUGCCUGGACGUCGAGGCAGGUGACCUUUUCAGAGGUCCUUGGUGACAUUUACGAAGGUCUCAAGGCGAAUGAUCCGUCGGUGGCUGUCCAUCAAUUGAGGAUCCUUGGGUUUACGAACGGGAAUCACAACCCCGAGGUAAAGGCUUUGAAAUGGGGAACUGGAGUCCUCGACGGGUUGCGCGCUACCACUAUUGAGGAGUUCCUGAACCAGGCAGAAGCUAUAGACCCAUAA